AUGGCUGUAACACGGACGGCACAACCAGGCACCAGGUUGCCGACCCCAAAGGGCAGCCAGUUGGAGGUGUCCUUCCGACGUCUGCUCGAAAGCUGCCUCAAGCACCUGAAAACACUGGAUGCCUCAGCAGCAACUGCCGCAGUGGCAGCAGCCAGCGGCAGCUCCGGCGCAAGCGCCCUAGCGGAUGGCCUCAAUGGCCGCGGCGCAGUGGCCGCCGCCACGGGCGCUGCCGGCACCAGCAGCGCAAGCAGCGGCGACUCCGUCAGCGGUGGCGGCGGCGGUGACGUGGACAUCGCCGCUCGAGUGCUAAAGAUGCGCCACUACGUGGACACGCUUCGGGAGCUGCUGGCAGACCUCCGAGCCCAGCAGGACGCCCUAGGAUUGGACGCAGCAACGCUGGAUCUGUACGAUACGCAUCUUAAGGCAGUUGCGGCUGCCGUACCCAAGGUGCAACUGCCGCCGUACUGCCAGAAUCUUAUCACCGGCACGGCAAUAGCCGCCGGUGGCGGCAGUAGCAGCAGCGCAAGCCAUUCGGCGCCCCCUUUGUCGUACUUCACACUGCCGGCAGCAAGACCGGGGAUGGCGACGCCUGCUGGCGGCGGCGGCGGCGCUGGCGGCGGCGGCCGUGUCGGAACCUCGGGCCGUACAGCUACUGCUGACGUGGCGGGACUCAGCUCGGCGGCAUCCGAACGCCUUCGCGGGGCAGAGGCCGCCCAGGCACUACUGACGGAUGAGCUGGUGGAGCUGACGGCAGCACUCAAGGCCAACGCAAUGGGCAUGGCGGGGGCAGUGGCCGAACGGGGCAAGCUAUUGGAUGUCACGGAUGCGGCCCUAACGGACAGCCUGGUGGCUGCCAAGCUGAAUGCAGCGGAGGCGGGGAGGCAGGUCAAGAGGUCCGGCGGCACACUGUGCUUCACGUGCAUGAUUAUGCUGGUAGUGGGGAUGGUGUUUACCGCAAUGGUGGUGUACAUCAAGUUCACGCACCUGGUUGGAUAUCGGGCCGCACCCGCUGGGGCCCCGCCUGCUGGAUGGAUGAGCUGGUGGGGGUCAUUCCUUGGCGGUGCUGGUGGCGCUGCAGGUGCUGGCGCUGGCGGCACGUACGGCACCGUGGCCGGUGACGAUUUGAGGGGGUUAGACUGGGACCAAGCGCAGGGUGGGGCGGCGGGGCCGUGGCACGAACACGAUGGGGAGCUGUGA